UGCUUGGACUCACUCUCCAAUCCUCCUCCAAGCAGAAAGUAGUCAGCCGAGAUGAUGAUGCUUCGCCGCUCCGUCGCGCUGGCCCGCACCGCCGCGCCUGCUACGCGCGCCUUCAGCGCCGCCGCCAACGCCUCGGGCGAGGCUAAGUUCGAGUUCGCCAUGCCGUUCGAGCUGCACCGUCUCGAGGAGGGCCCGGCCAACUUCGCUGUGACCAACCGCGAGGAAUUGCUGAGCUACUACGAGCUCAUGUACACGAUGCGUCGUAUGGAGAUCACCAACGACAACGAGUACAAGGCCCGCACCAUCCGCGGUUUCUGCCACCUGUACGACGGCCAGGAGGCCGUGGCUACCGGUGUGGAGGCUGCUCUGGACCGCAAGGACUCGUGGAUCACCUCGUACCGUAACCACUGCAUCAUGCUUGCCCGUGGUGCUUCGGUCAAGGACAUUCUGGCUGAGCUUUUCGGCAUGGCGGCCGGUGCUACUGGCGGCAAGGGUGGCUCCAUGCAUUUCUACAAGAAGGAGACUAACUUCUACGGUGGCCAGGGUAUUGUUGGUGCCCAGGUGCCUGUGGGUGCUGGUCUGGCCUUCGCCAGCAAGUACAACCACAAGGGCGACGGCCCCAUGCCCUGUGCCAUCACCAUGUUCGGUGACGGUGCCGCUAACCAGGGUCAGGUGUUCGAGGCUGCCAACAUGGCCGCUCUGUGGAAGCUUCCCAUCAUCUUCUGCAUUGAGAACAACCACUACGGCAUGGGUACGUCUAUUCAGCGUUCGACCAACAACACGGACUACUACACCAUGGGUAACAAGAUCCCCGGUAUCAAGUGCGAUGGUAACGACGUGCUCGCCGUGCGUGAGUGCACCAAGUUCCUGAAGAAGUGGUGCGGUGAGGGCAACGGCCCGAUCUUCGUCGAGAUGAACACGUACCGUUACCACGGUCACUCCAUGUCGGACCCUGGUGUGACGUACCGUAACCGUGACGAGAUCUCGCAGAUGCGUGCGUCGCGUGACCCUAUUGAGCUGGUGAAGAAGCGUAUGAUCGAGUCUGAGUUUGCCACGGCUGACGAAAUCAAGGAGCUGGAGAAGAAGGUGCGUGCCGAGGUUGUCAAGGCCACCAAGGAGGCCAAGGCUUCGGGCAAGCCGGACCCGUCUGCUGCCUUCGAGGACGUGUACACGGACGGCAAGGGCAACAACGAGUACCCUCCGUUCAUCCGUUUCCCUGACUACGCUAAGAGCCUGUACAACGGCAAGCCCCAGCAGUAAGCGCUGAGCACAGCAAGGAGGAACACAUAGCGGCGAGAGGAUCACCCCUCUUCAGGUCAAAAGCGCCUCGACAAGCGGUAGAAGCUGCGCUGCGUCGCCUUGUGUUUUUCUCUUUUAUUUCGGCUCGCUGCGAGCAUGGCGUCGAGUGCGCUGUGCAGUGCAUUAGAACCCAGCUGGCAUCGAAGCUUAGCUCUAGGAACAGUCUCGUCAGCUUUGCAAAUCCAUUAAUACCGGCUGAAUAUGUAAAGCCCAACGCGACCACAUUUUGCCACAGCCUUGACGCUUUUCAUGCUUGAAUCUCGCGCGCGUGCCAUCAUGCCAAUCCCCGAAAAAAAAUAUACGUUGCCGGGCUUUGCUCAGUGUUGUUUACAGCACCACAAGUUGGAUGCAAAACUCCACCGUUGCACGUGCCACAAACCAAGCAGAGCUUGUGCGCGAAGAUAUGUGCCGUCUUGAGAAGCAUCCGUAGAUGGACACGACACGAAUUGGUGGGCUGGCAGAUCGUGCGUGUUCCAUAGAGUGUAAAUAAAUAGUAAAGCUGCUCAAUUCCCAUGUUGAAGCUUCCUACGAUACAGUACUAAUAAUGCAAGUUCACUUGGGUGUGGCUCGUUCGCCUUCGCCACCUCACGCGCGUGUACAUGCUUCUG